CUGUCGUCGGUUCUUGCGCGUCACGCAAGCGCAGCGCAAGCGAUCACGUGGGAGCCACAGUACAGAGGAGAGGCGCGCGCUGGUCUGCAGAGAAUAAAGAACAGUUGAUCAGCAUGGUGAAAGGAGACGUAAACAAACCCAAGGGAAAGACGUCUGCGUACGCGUUCUUCGUGCAGACGUGUCGCGAUGAGCACAAACGCAAGAGCCCUGACGUACCUGUCAACUUUUCAGAGUUCUCCAAGAAAUGCUCUGAGCGGUGGAAGUCCCUGAGUGCUUCAGAGAAGACUAAGUUUGAAGACAUGGCCAAAGUGGAUAAAGCUCGCUAUGACAAGGAGAUGAAGAAUUACGUGCCGCCCAAAGGCGUCGGCAAGACGGGCAGGAAGAAGAAGGACCCGAAUGCCCCAAAACGCCCGCCAUCUGCGUUCUUCAUCUUUUGCUCGGAGUACCGGCCAACAGUGAAGAGCGAGAACCCGAGUCUGACCAUCGGUGAGAUCGCCAAGAAGCUGGGCGAGUUGUGGUCGAAGCAGAGCACCAAAGAUCGUGCGCCAUAUGAGCAGAAAGCCGUCAAACUGCGUGAGAAAUACGAGAAGGAGGUGGCGGCGUACCGCGCAGGGGGCGCAGCUGCUAAGAGGGGGCCGGGCCGACCGACGGGAUCAACUAAAAAGGCCCAGGCUGAUGAUGACGAUGACGACGACGAUGAUGAAGAGGAGGAUGACGAGGAGGAGGAAGAUGAUGAGGAGGAGGAUGACGACGACGAGUAGAGUGUGUUUGUGUGUAAUGCAGCAUCACUGAUGUGGGCGGGUGGAGGGGUUAUUUGGGGAUUUCUUUAUGUACAUGUUUAAUGACUCCAGCAAUAACGCAAGUGUUCUGUUUUUUUUUUUUUUUUGUUUGUUUUUUUAGAUUUCUUUUUAUUUUUGUACACGUCUAGCUGUUGAUCCAAUAAAGUGUAGAGGUGCUUUUUUUUAUAAUAAAUUUUUAAAGGUUCUGAUA